GAAAAACCUAUUCCCGAUUACUUCAGAUUUUGAGAUGGAGGAAGACGGGAUCCUUAUGUUCUGUCUUGCACAGAGUGACGUGAGUAGUGUGUGGGUUUCAACGGACCAUGAUGAAAUUGAGAAUGUGGCCAAGCAAUUUGGUGCACAAGUUCAUCGAAGAAGUUCUGAAGUUUCAAAAGACAGUUCUACCUCAUUAGAUGCCAUCGUAGAAUUUCUUAGUUAUCACAAUGAGGUUGACAUUGUAGGUAAUAUUCAAGCUACUUCUCCAUGUUUACAUCCUACCGACCUUCAGAAAGUUGCAGAAAUGAUUCGAGAAGAAGGAUAUGAUUCUGUUUUCUCUGUUGUGAGGCGCCAUCAAUUUCGAUGGAGUGAAAUUCAGAAAGGAGUUCGUGAAGUGACUGAACCUCUGAAUUUGAAUCCAGCUAAACGACCUCGUCGACAAGAUUGGGAUGGAGAGUUAUAUGAAAAUGGCUCAUUUUAUUUUGCUAAGAGACAUUUGAUAGAGAUGGGUUACUUACAGGGUGGAAAAAUGGCCUACUAUGAAAUGCGCGCUGAGCACAGUGUGGACAUAGAUGUGGAUAUUGAUUGGCCUAUUGCGGAACAACGAGUAUUAAGAUAUGGCUAUUUUGGCAAAGAGAAGUUUAAGGAGAUAAAACUUUUGGUUUGCAGUAUUGAUGGAUGUCUCACCAAUGGCCACAUUUAUGUAUCAGGAGACCAAAAAGAAAUAAUAUCUUAUGAUGUAAAAGAUGCUAUUGGCAUAAGUUUAUUAAAGAAAAGUGGUAUUGAGGUGAGAUUAAUCUCAGAAAGGGCCUGUUCAAAGCAGACACUCUCUUCCUUAAAACUGGAUUGCAAAAUGGAAGUCAAUGUACCGGACAAGCUAGCAGUUGUAGACGAAUGGAGAAAAGAAAUGGGCCUGUGCUGGAAAGAAGUGGCAUAUCUUGGAAAUGAAGUGUCUGAUGAGGAGUGCCUGAAGAAAGCGGGCCUCAGUGCUGUUCCCGCUGAUGCCUGUUCCGCGGCCCAGAAGGCUGUCGGGUAUAUUUGCAAGUGUAAUGGUGGCCGGGGUGCCCUCCGAGAGUUUGCAGAGCACAUUUUCCUACUAAUGGAAAAGGUUGUUAAUUCCUGCCAAAAAUAGAAGUUAGUAUAAUGUGGGGGAGAAGUAUACAGCCUUCUUCAGCUAUUUUACUUUUAUUUUUAAGUACAAUUCCAUGUUUUAAUGUUAUAGACAAUGUGACUUGAUUUGUGAUAUAUCUUCAUAUCUUUUAAAGCAAAGUCUUCUCAAGUUGUCUCUCCAAAACCUUCUGUGAAAUAAUCGUGCUGUACUUUUCUCUUUAUGCAAGAUAAUUAUUUAGAGAUUGAUUUACAGUCUUUCUCACAUUUUUAGUAAAUGCAAGUAAGAACAUGAUCAAAAUUGACUUUGUAUUGUACCCUGUAAAACUGUGUGUUUGUGUGCUUUUGAUGAUGCUGAUAUUUUAUUUAUUUGGGGGCAGUGUAUCUGGUAAGACAUGCUCUUCUAUUAAUUAAAAAAUACAUUUCACAGACUUGAUGAAAA